GUGAGGCUGAGAGUUGUUCACUUACAAAAAAUUUAAAUAAAAUCUUGAGUGCCAUCUCCAAAAAGUUUGAUAGAUAAGAAUUUUUUUAUUGUUUGUUUUCUUGAAUUUUAAUUUUGUGCAAAUCCCCCUUUCCCCUAAUCUGUUAAUCCCCCGCUUCUUCGAUUCCUAUCUGUGAAAUAAUCUGUUUUUCCAAAUAAGAAAAUAAGAAAACCGAUUUCUAGGUUUGUGUUUGAAUGGUUUUGAUUUUUUUUCUUUAUCUGCUGAUUUAAUUGAAAACCAAGUAUUUUCAGAACAGAGAUCAAUCUUAUUUUUGUAUAUUGAUCUUCUUGUUAUCUUUUUGUUCUAUUGUCGAUUUUAAUCAUUUGUGAGGGUAUUUUUGUUUCCCUCCUUUCAGAAUCGCAAAGAGGUUGUUUAUUUUAAACCUCUUCGAUCUUUUUUUUUUGUUGGUUGAUCCUCUCGAAUUUCUUGGAAAAAAAAAAUCCUGUUCCUUACUUUUGAUAAGAACUUGGAAAAAUUCUCGAAAUUCAUUUUUAUUUAUUUCAGAAACAAAAAGAAAAAAUUAAAAUGACAACUGCUAUGGAUUUCUACAGUAGCAAAACGCUUCAACAGUGUGAUCCUUUCGGUGGUGAAUUAAUGGAAGCGCUUCUACCUUUUAUCAAAAGCCCUUCCUGCGAUUCAACCGCGUCUGCGUUUGCGUCCGCGUUCUCUCUUCCUCCUCCUUACUCUUCCUACUCCGGAUCUUACCCUGACGUCUGCAUGACCCAACCGAUUUCAUACGGGUCGGAUCUUCAGCAACUCGGGUCCCAGAUCAACUCUUUCUCCAACCUCCUUAGCCCUAAACCGGUUCCGAUGAAGCAAACCGGUGCCGCGACGAAACCGACGAAGCUGUACAGAGGAGUGAGGCAGCGUCACUGGGGAAAAUGGGUCGCUGAGAUCCGUUUGCCCAGGAAUCGAACUCGUCUCUGGCUCGGCACAUUCGACACGGCGGAGGAAGCGGCGUUAGCCUAUGAUAAGGCGGCGUAUAAGCUGCGCGGCGAUUUCGCCCGGCUUAAUUUCCCUAACCUCCGUCACAACGGAUCCAACAUCGGCGGCGAAUAUCAACCUCUUCAGUCCUCGGUCGACGCUAAGCUCGAAGCGAUCUGUCAAGACUUAGCCGAGACGCAGAAACAGGGGAAAUCGGCGAAGAAGGCUUCUUCCCGGAAACGUUCAUCAACCGCCGCCGCGAAGCAACCGGAGGUGAAUUCGUGUCCAGAGCUGGCGGAGGAAGUCAAAUCAGAGGACUACUCUAGCUCCGGGUCUUCGCCGUCGACGGAGAGCUACGGAUCCGGAGAUUCUUCGCCGUUGUCGGAUCUGACGUUCGCCGACACGGAGGAGGAGCAGCCGCCGUGGAACGAGAACUUUGCGUUGGAGAAGUAUCCGUCGUACGAGAUCGAUUGGGAGUCGAUUCUGUCUACAAGUUAGUUGUGUAAUUUAGUGGAUGCCUUAGGGGUAUUUUAGGAAAACUAGAGGUUUCUGCAAUGGAGUUUUUGGUCAUUGCAGGGAGCCCACAGUUAGUUUACGUCUUUAAGGGUCUUUUAUGUUGAUAUGAAUAAGUAGAUGUACCUUAAUGUAAAUUAUUAGUCUCUGCGUCGGUCCAAGCUGGGUUUUUUGUCAUGCUCGACCGUGCGAGAUUAUUUUUUUCAUGUAUUUUGUACUGUACUUUGUAGUUUUUUCCUUUGUGUCUUAAUUCGAAGUUUUUUUGUUUUUUUGUUAACUUAGCUUAUUGUGUUAUAUUAUUCAGUUAUUAAUUCCAUCUGAUUUACUGGCGAUUGUUUUAAA